ACUCCUCCAGAAAAUCUCCAGCCUGAAGCAAACUUGAUCAUGAAAUCGCCGCCUUGACUUCCCUCAGUUUCGGAAUCGAGAGGCAGCGCGACUCCAUGUCAGCAGUUGUUGGCGUAGCCAGCAGCGUGCAUGCUGGGAGAUGCUUCACGAUGGAUUCGCCGUCGGCAAAAGAUGACGCUCUGCCCGACUCUGGGUAUGCAACAGCCAUGCCCUCUCCAGAGCAGAGCCAAACAGUGGCAGUCGUCUGUAGUGCAAGCGCAAUUCCAACCAAGACAGUCCCGUUUCCGCUACCGGGUGAGAAAAAUUUGCUUCUAUUCAAGAGAGAAGCGGUCCCGGCUACAAUUGCGAGAUUCAACGAGAUUGUCCCGGAGAUUGAACGUCUCCUAGUGCAGUAUAUAAGAACAGCUAAUACGCUCUUCUCAUCCAGCGCACCCUAUCGCCCUAUGUCAAUCCGCUACUUGGUCCUUGGGAAGUCAGAGGCCGAUGCCAAGGAUUGUCUCGUCGUUUUCUGUCCCCCAAGCCAAUACAAGCGCGUAAAGCGAUUCUUUGACAAGCACCGGGCCGUCAAGAGUCUUUGCGAGCCGCCCGAUCUGUCCGCACCGUCCUUUCGACCCGUUGUCAAGGAUCUCGCGCCUCAGCUCACAGUCUUGCAGAGAGGUGACGAAGCUCAGGAAUCCACAGACUCAGAAUUCUCGAAGGAAGCCCCGAGUCCUACCUCGAUCGAAGUUCAUUGUUCCUCCACGCCACCAUCGGACAAGACCUUUUGCGGGACUCCAAUUCGAUUUACUAAUCAUGUCGGGGAGAGUCGACAUGGGACUCUUGGGGGUAUCAUCAAGUUGGUCCAGAACGAUGGCUUCGAGUUGUAUGGGUUGACAGCAGGUCACGGCCUCCUGGACUGGGAAGAUCCUCUCUCGCCUACCAGUGAUUCAGACUACAUGGAUGAUGAUGACUCGUUCAUCGAUGAAGGCUCCAUCGACGAAGAUAUGAAAGAACUUUUAGAGCUGGAGUCUUCUGACGGAUCUAUCUCAAGUCCUGAACCUGAAGCUGCUGAUUCAUCUCCAAGCCAUCCCGAACCCAAGUUGGAGGAGAUGAAAUUAUCCGACACGUGGGCAUUCGAGCACUCUCAAAAACUUGGAAACGUUCUACCAAGACCUAAGCAUUACACAAAAGGCGGCCAAUAUCUUGACUGGGCCCUCAUUGAGAUUGAUGCAUCCAAACUUCAGCCGAAUUACCACCCAUCGCUCAAAUCUAAAAACCUCGAAUUGACCGAAGCUCAGAAGAAGCUUACUCCAGCCGCUCUUGGUCAGCCGGCCAUUAUGAUAGGAGGCUCUCAGGGUUGCAUAUCCAGCACACUUUCAUCACUACCAGCAAGACUGAUGCUCGACCACGGUCAGUCAUUUGUGGAUGUCUAUACCCUCUCUCUACAAGAUCAUACUGGUAAGCCUAUCCAGGACACGGAUUGCAACUUUGAAUCUGAUCAUGACAGUAUGCAUUGGGGACUCUGGUUCAUGGGUGGUCGAUCCACUUACUUAUGAGGUAUUUGGACACAUUGUUGCGACUGACAUGCUCGGCGACGCCUACGUGAUUCCCCUUCAGAGCAUCUUUGAGGAUAUUCGAACAUGGCACGAUGCACAGUCAGUCAAUCUUCCCACUGCCGCCGACUUUGGAGCAAAACUUCUAUCCAGCAGUACCGAACACCAACCACCUACUGCUCCCGCUUAUCUGGCAGAAGAGGUGCCAGCCCGGUCGUUGAUGUCAAUGGGUGGCUCUUCAGUCUUGAAUGAAGGAGCUUCUAGCAGCAUAUUUCGCCCUUCUGAGGACCCCCCUCCCUAUUAUGGAUCUCGUAGUGCCCAAAAAUUCCGAAAUCUUCUACUCUCAAUGUC